AUGGGCGCUAUCGCGAAUCUCCUCCCACUCGUCAUCCUUUUCGUCUUUGUCGGCGCAUUCGCUUUCGUCGGCUACCAGAUGUACCUCUGGACCAACGAUCUCGCCAACCAAGGAAAGAAGUCAAUGGAGAAGAAGAAUGUCAUGUUCACAAAAGACGGCAUGAAGGUCGGAGUCAAGGAGAUGAGCGAAGAGGAAGUUGCAGAUAGGACACAGAGCGUGCUGGUCAAUACAUGGAACCAGACCUCUUUCCCUGCAUACAAGAGCAGGUUUUGGAACAUGGAUGGACAGGCUAAUAACAAAAAUAAGGCGACAUCUUCCGGCAGGGCCUAA